GAAAACUUCCCCAACCAUUUGACAUGACUCUACCAAGUAAUCAGGGGAGUAUUGCCAGCAGCAAUGGAAGUUUGGAUGUGCAAUGUGUGAUACACAGUGAAAAUCUGAUCCUCUUCUGCAAUGAUUGUGUGGAGUGUGUGUGCCCUCGAUGUUUGGUGGGGAGCAGGCAUAAGACACACAGCUUCUCGCCCUUUGAGGAGGCUUGCAAGGAACAAAAAGUACAGAUUUUAAGGAAAGUGAAGGAUCUGAAGAAGAUUCACGAGAAAGUCAAGAAGGACACAGAUCGCAUUUCUCUGACAUUAAAGGACGUUGAGCGUAUUGUCUCAAAAACUAAAGCAUCUGUUGAGGAAAAGUACAACAGGAUUAGGGAGCUGCUGGAAAAUGACAUGAGAACUACAAUAAGCCUAAUUGAAGCCGAAGCCUCAUCAAUGCAGACCCUGAUUACAGUGCAGCGAGUGGACAAGGAGGCCUAUAAGGAUGCAAUCACUUCCAUAAUGGAACGUGUCAACGAAAUGAAUAGAAACACAGACUCUGAAAACGUACAGACACUACAGGAAUUCAUGAGUUGGAAGACACGUCUUGAAACGUUUGAAGAUUUGCAGCUGUCAUUUGGUAAAGAAUUGCCAAUAGAGAAUAGAAGACUUAGAUCACUGGAACGUUCUGUUGAUGAACUGUACCAAUCCGUGAGGAAGCUGCUUCCACGGAUGUGGGAAUUUAUAAGGAAUAUUACCUUCAAUGAAAAUACGGCACACAGAAAUCUCAUUAUAUCAAGGGAUCUGACUUCAGUGCAGUACACUUCUACACCCAUUAGUGUCCAAGAAAAUUCAGAACGUUUUGAAAACUCUUUCAAUGUUCUAGCAAAUGAGAGUUUCUCAUCGGGCAAACAUUACUGGGAGGUGAAUGUAAAGAACAAGCAUGGGUGGAACAUUGGCGUGACGUAUUCCUCUAUCGCCAGGAAAGGCAAAGGCAAGGAAUCUACUCUUGGCAAGAACAAGUAUUCAUGGUCCCUUCGGAUGGUUGACAAAGAAUACUAUGCAUUCCAUGCUGAUGAGUGCAUUUUGCUUGAUCUGAGCAGUGGAGACCUAAACUGUGAACGUUUGGGAAUAUUUAUAGAUUAUGAAGAGGGACGCUUGUCUUUCUACAAUGUUCACAGAGGUACCCACCUUCAUUCCUUUAAAACAAAGUUCCGGAAACCAGUAUUUCCUGCAUUCAGUCCUGCUUCAACCACAAGUUCAAAAGACUAUGAACCAAUUGUGUUGUGCCAUUCAGGCAUCAAAAUCAAGGAAAUUCCCAACACAGACGGUAUAGAAUUCUGAGAUGGAGAGUCCUGAUUGAUUAUCAGUUUGACCUUUGAGUUACUUGGAAAGCAGUUUACACUGUAUUCUAAAAUUUUGUUUACUUUGUCUUUGAGUACUUGAUAAAUGCUUCAGUGAAAUUGUACUUUUUAUUUAUGACCAGUUACUAUUUCUCUGGUUAUUUCUCAUGCAUUUUGGCUUAAUGGUGAAUAUUUUAUAUUCCUCAAGACUAAAUGUAACAAAUUUUCAUCUUUGUCCUUUCAUGUUCAUUUGCAAAUUCAUAAAGGGGAUUUAAAUAUUGGUAUUGAAAAAGUAGAUGUCAAAGUUUUAAUUUUGAUUUCAUAAUUUCCAAAGCAAAGAAUUGCUUUUGUGCAAUGCCAUCAUAUGUUACAAUAUUCAUACCUGCCUUAUUCAUUUUUAUCUAAUAGAAAGUAUCAUUAUUGGCUUACAAAACUAAAAUCAAUUCAUUUUUUCCUCAUUGUCUCUCUCUGAGAGAGUGAUGCCAAGGCAAAAAGUAAUAACAUGGUAGAGGGUGAGAAUUAGAUAGUAUACAUGCGAUACAUUGUGACUUUCAAGUUAAUUCUGUUUUAUGUUAAUGACACUGAAAGAUCUGAUUUUAGCACAAAGUGCCUAAAACAAAGGAGACAUCAGAUGUAACCAAAAGGUUAUUCAAGGAUAUGGGUAAAGAAGGCCAUUAAAUGACUACUAAAUGUAGAAGGUCAAUUUAUGUACAACUACAGGGGAGAAGUUAACUUAGAUUUACGUUUCUUUUUCUGACAGUGGGUGUCAUGUUCAAUGUUGACAGGUAAUGCAUUGUAUGUA